CAGAAAAUCAUCUAAACCAGUCUAAAUUUAAAAAAAAAUUGUUUUUUGUUUAAAGAAUAUUUUUAUUUAUGGUUAACAAAGAAAAAUUUCUUCGAGGAUGAUAAUGAUAAUAUGUUUUCCUUUAAUUUUCUGGAUAGGACAUGGCCAUCAGCAGUUCAAUAGCCGAGCAGUCAUGCGCAUAUCGUUGAUUUUUUUAUUUAUCAGUGAAUGCUGUUUGCUAGCUUCAGAGGACAACAAACAACUCAUAGGUGGGAGGGACGUCUUGCCGGGCGAAUUUCCAGCCACCGUCUGUGUGGGUGGUGUCAGACGAUGCGGAGGUACUCUUAUAUCGUUGGACAUGGUGUUUUCUGUAGCUCACUGUUUUCUCGACCAUGGAGAACGCGUCCACCCCAACACCUUUACGAUACUCGGAGGGGUGGUCAAUAUUUCGGAAGAAUCCGGCGAGGAGCAGCGUUCGUACGUUCGAGAUUACAUUAUACACGAAAACUUCGAGGUAAAGAGAAACGAAUUCGGAUAUUACACCAUUUUCGACGUGGCGGUGGCUUAUCUCGAAUCCCCUUUCGUCCAAACGCCCACGGUAGAGUGUGCGAAUUUCCCGGCACAAAACGCGCUCGGGAUGCAGCACGUUUUGCAAUUUAUCAUGACCACGGGUGAUACAUGUGUCUCCGUCGGAUACGGACUUUUGUCCAUGACUGGAGUCGAUGUCGUCUCAGAGACUCUGAGAAUGAUCGAUCUCCGCCUGCUUCCCAAAAACGAAUGCUUCGUUGAAGAGACGAUGUACAAUUCGGAAAUUUGCGCAACUAGUAUUAAAGAAGACGAUAAAACGGCUCCAGGCGAUACCGGAACAACUUUCAUGUGCGGUGGGUACAUCAUUGGAAUGACCAAAUCAGGCACGACGCACUAUAUAAACGGUAAACAGUUUACCCUAUUGGUUUUUACUCUAAUCGGCCCUUACAUCGAAUAUUUUGAUUUGGACCUGUUGACCGAAGGUGCAGCUUAUAUCCAGAUGCAUCCAGUUAUCAUCUCUCUGCUUGCUCUUCAAAUGGCUCUACUGUUCGUGAAGAUGGUCCAUUCCCUCUUUGGAUAACAUAUA